CGUCUAGUAGCGGGCGGCCGCACUGUGUCGCGGGCCGACCUCGCCUUAUCACUAGCAGCCUCUGGCAGGGUGGGGGCGGCCAGGGCGGCGCGGGCCCAGUGUACCGCCGGCCGCCAUGGCCGCCAUGCGGCGCACUCCCCGUCACCGAGCGGCAGCGGCACACGGGCCAGGGCUCCGCCUGCAGCUGCUGAUCCUGCUGGGCGCGGCGAUCCUGGGGCCCCCCGCGGCCCGCGCCCGCCUCCCCGACCCGGAGUGGGAGACCCUGCCGAGGCACGAAUACGAGGAGCAGGACACCACCACCACCACCACCACCACCACUGCUGCAACCACGACUACGACUUCCACUCCGACGACGGCGGCCCUGACCAAAGACAUGCCGGUCCACCGCGACGAUCACGGCGGAGCUAUCGGCGCGCACCUCAUCCGGGGGAAGCUGCCCGUCCGGGUCGGGCUGACGCGCGGCGAGCUCAAGGCCAUCCUGACGAUGGUGUCGGCUCGACUGCGGAAAGAGGCGGGCGAUCUGUCGACCAAUCGGGUAAGCGACUGGGACCUGGUGGUGGCCAGCGACACCUAUGCCAAGAGCUCUGUUCCGUACCUCUUGGUGCUCGCCGAUCACCUGCGUGCCAAGCAAACCACCACCACAACCACCACAACGGCGGCAACGACGGCAACGACGGCAACGACGGCGCUACCGGGCAGGACUGGGGACUGUUUCUGCCCGGUUACAGCCGCCAGGUCCUGCGAGGCGGUGUCCCUCCCCGACGAGGACAAGCACCGCGCUCGCGAGGCGAUCUCAGAAAAGCCCAACCGAUCUGCAGAGAUCAGGAAGACGGUCGCCGAAAUUAUGGCUGGCAUCAAGAACCGACCGGGGCCCUCGAAAGAUCCGCAGGCAGCCAUGCCCGACUUCAACACCAUCAACGAGCAGCUGCAGGGGCUGAGCGCGAUCCUCACCCAAGCCAAGAAGGAGGCCCAGGAGGCCCAGGAAGCCAAGGAGGCCAUGGAGGCAACAUCCACGACGCAAACUCUGUCGACGCAGACGGCUAAGCCUAGUGUGCGGCAGCCAGCGCAUCCGCAGGGGCCGCCUCCAGGACACGCCUCAGGGCCAGGGUCGGGGCCGGGGUUAGGUCCAGGACCUGGACUUGGGCUCGGAUCUGGGCCAGGACCGGGGUCAGGACCGGGGUCAGGACCGGGGUCAGGGCUAGCCUCAGGGACAGCCUCAGGGCCAGCCUCAGGGCCAGGACCGAGUCCAGGGCCGGGGUUAGGUCCAGGACCUGGACUUGGGCUCGGAUCUGGGCCAGGACCGGGGUCAGGACCGGGGUCAGGGCCAGCCUCAGGGACAGCCUCAGGGCCAGCCUCAGGGCCAGCCUCAGGGCCAGGACCGGGUCCAGGGCCGGGUCCAGGGCCGGGGUUAGGUCCAGGACCUGGACUUGGGCUCGGGUCUGGGUCAGGACCGGGGUCAGGAUCAGGGUCAGGACCGGGGUCAGGGCCAGCCUCAGGGCUAGCCUCAGGGCCAGCCUCUGGCCUGGGGCCGGCACCCGCACCAGGGCAGCUCGCGGUGCAAAUGCCUGUGCAGUCACCCUUGAAUACUGCAGCGCAGGCCCUGGGACAACAGGUGCCGUGGCACGCGCCAGUGCAGCACCCUGCGCAGUCCCCUGGACAACUGACUGGACAAGACACGCCGGACUUUUCUCGCCCGAACCAAUUCGAUCAGCUCUCGCCGGUCAGCGGUCAGUCUUCGGCCCAGUACCCGCACCAGCCUGGGGGCCUCUACUCCCCGCAGAACAAGCAAGUCCUUCAUCAACCUUAUCAUCAUUCCACUGCCAACCCGUUCCAGUACCAGCCUGGCCUGCCCCCGUACAACCCUAGCCACCAGCAGCAGUUCUUGCCGCCGGCACAGACUGCACACCCGGACCUGCCAGCGCAGAUGACUCCGGCCCCUCAGUACGCCAGCAGCCCGGCGGUGUCCGGCCCGCAGCACGACCACCAGCCGCAUGUCCAGCAGGCCCAGCACGAGGCGGUCCAUGGCCAGCCGGGCCCCUACCCUCACCUGCCGAACCCCGAAGCGCCCCACUCCGUUCCGCAGCGCCAGACAACGGCCCCGGCUCCGGCUCCGGCCCCAGCGCAACACGGCCUGCAGUACCCUCGUCCGGGGCUGCCUCCACCCCCACAGCCUGUGCAGCCGUACCCACCCGCACCGCAGCACCCACCGUUUGCUUACCAGCAGAGCCCGAACCGCUUCCCCUCAAACUUCCCCCAACAGGAGAUUCACCAGCAAUAUCCACCAAAUCCGCAUGUGGCAAGCUUCCCGUUCCAACACCCGCACCCGGGCCAGGCACCUCAGGCUGCUUUGCCCACCACUGCCUCGUCCGAACCGCCAUUUGCGGCGGGCGCGCAGCCCGCGCCGCCAGCACUGUCUGCUCCGGGCCCCGUAAGGGCGGGUGGCGCCGAGGUUCCGUCACCUGGACAACCCGCAGGCCAGGCGCAGCCCGAGACGCAGCCCCAGACGCAACUCAAGCAGGUGCAACCCCCGAAACAGCCCCUUGCUCCUUUCGGGCCACCGGCGGGACACACUCAAGGGUCUCUUUCCCCGGCAGGGAUGUUCCCCUCCGCUGGAGGCCACGACGCCGCCAAGCCCUACGAGCACGCACCCCCUGCGAUGCUACCCGGUUACGUACCGCAGCCCAUAGGUUCAUUCGCCGACCCGCAGCACGUAGGGUCGUUCCUACCGCCCCCGGGCGCUGGCACCCACCUCGCCGAGCAUUUCCAUGCACCACCUGCCCAGACAUCCAGCUCUCUUAAGCCGGCUGCAUUCACUGCAAAUCCUCAACCUGCCGCACCAUAUAUGCCUAGUGGUGCACAUCUCCCACCUCACCCCGCAUGGCCUGGCCCGCCGCCUGGACAGCACUUUCCAGGGGCCUUUAAAUCCCCAUCAGGAUCUCCCGCGCACCUUCCGGGGUCCCCCCUAUCUCCAGCGGAGUCCUCACAAUCCCCAGGACAGUCCCCUCUGCAGUCCGGUGACCCUCCCAAACACUCCGCAAGCCACCCACAAUCUCCAGUAGGCUUCUUUCCCUCGCCAGGUUCCUCGGCCGGCACCUCCCUGCCCGGGGGGCUCUCCCCUGCCGCCGACGAGUCCCGGGCGGAGGCCAAGCACACCCCAGCGCCAGUCUCCACCUCUGAACCUGCCGCCCCGGUAUCCACAACCUCCCCUCAACCUACUGGCCACCAGUCCGGAAACUACUCAAACGGAAUGCACAAGCCCGAAGGUGGCGAACCUCACCUCCCAGACGAAGCCACCCGGACCACAGCGGACGCGCCGCCCCCGACAGCGGGUGCAGAGACCCCGCUCCCGGAACACGUCCCGUACAUGGCUGCGAUAUCUCAAGCAUUUUCUGGACUUUCUGGCAUAGGUGGAUUGAAUAGCAUCCCGGGCAUGGAAGGCAAGUCGACUCGGCUGGGCGGUCCCGGGCCGCAGCUGGCGCCGCGCCAACCACCAUUCAGCUCCCUCAGCUCUCUCCGCGACAUGGAGUCCAAGCCGGGGAGCGCAGCCGGGGCCGGGGCUGGGGCCGGGGCCCAGCACGUCGCCCGCACCUUGGAGCUGGAGAGCGACGACGACUCGGCCACGGAGCGGGGCAGGAUCACGCACCCCGCUCAGGGGCACGCCGCCCCCACGCCGCGCCUAUCAGACUCGCAGCACGUCUCUCACACCCUGAAGGACGACGACGACGACGACACUGACAAAAACAACGAUAACCGUAGUGGUGGUGGUCUUGACGAUGACGAGGGUGGUGAUGGUGGGGGUGAUGUUGGUGCCGCAAACAGGGAGGCGGCCUUUGCCCGCGCUAACCACACGCGCAUCGUGAAUGGCGAGGACGUGGAGAUCACAGAGCUGCCGUACCAGGUGGCGCUGGAGUACGCGGGGCGCUACGCCUGCGGAGGCACCCUCAUCUCCGAGUGGUGGGUGCUGAGCGCGGCGCACUGCUUCCUCCGCAACGGCCCCAACGGGGCCCGCUGGAUGGUGCGCAUGGGCACGUCGCUGCGGCAGCGCGGCGGCCGCGUGGUGCGGGUGCAGGCGCUGGCCCGGCACCCGCACUACCGCGGCGCGCACGGCUGGGACGUGGCCCUGGUCCGGCUCGCGGAGCGCGCCGCCCUCGGCAGCGCCGUCCAGCCCGUGCGGCUGAGCGGCAGGGCCGAGGCGGACCCGCCCCCGGGCAGCAACAUGACCAUCUCCGGCUGGGGCGGCACCAAAUACGAGUCCAGCGACCUCCCCAUCAAGCUGCAGCGGGCCAGGGUGCAGAUCAUCGACCGCAGGAGCUGCUCGGCCGAGUACGACGAGCUGGGCCUGAGCCCCAUCCGCCCGGACGAGCUGUGCGCGGGCGGCCAGCGGAAGGACUCGUGCCAGGGCGACAGCGGGGGCCCGAUGGUGGACGCGACCACCGGCGUGCAGGUGGGCAUCGUGUCGUGGGGCGUCGGCUGCGCGUCCUACCCGGGCGUGUACACCAAGGUCGGCAGCGCGGACAUCAGGGACUUCAUCAGGAGGACGGCUGGCGUAUAAGGAGAGGGGGAGGGAGAGAACAUUUCAAUAAACCAAUUGGCUACAGCA